AUGCCUUCAGACAACUAUAACGCUGCCGACACAGGGGCACAAAUCACCAGCGUGAAUGUGUCGGCCAGAAACGCAUCUGACGAUACAGACACCUCCGAGGACGAUGAGAACAAUAACCGGCCGGCCAAACGUCCGCGCAAUUUCAUUGCGAGACAGGCCUGUGAAAGGUGCCGAGCGAGGAAGACUCGAUGCGACCAAGAGACACCGUGCAGCUUAUGCAAAAACCUGGGCGUCCAUUGUGUCUACACCGAAAGAAAACCCACCAGGAAUGAAGCUUCACUGAGCAUGAUAUUUAAUCGUCUGAAGCGCAUCGAGACCCAAAUCAGUCGCCUAACCAGUAAGCAUGAGACUGACGCCAAUCAUGCUGCACACGCAUCUCAGAACACCAACAACCCAGGGGCGCCGAUGCACACUUCGCCGCAGGGCGAUGCUGGCACCACUGCUCCACCUGCUCUUUCUGCUGAAUCUCUUUCUCCUCAGCAAUUCCCCAACACCCACAGGCUUGCCAGGACCGCAGGAGAUUCCAAACUAUCUUUCAGCGCUCGUCAGGCUCUCUACUGGCUGGGUCUUCUCCCGGAGUAUUCCUCCACUUCCUUUCCCACGCGCGCUGAAGGACUCGGCGUAUGUCUCGCUGAUGUCGAAUUCGACGGGCCAGCUCUCCCUGAGAAUGUCCAGACCGAAGAGUUUCCGCCUGACUGGCUGGAAUCGUUGAGCCUGUCGACAGUCAAGGCGCUAUCCAACGCUUUCUUCAGCACCUUCAAUCGUAUCUUUCCGGUUCUCGAUCGGGACUACUACUUUCUACACAGCCUCUCAACCGUCGUCAGCGAAGGCUUUAACGACGACAUUGAGUCGUGCUUGGUUCUGGCUGUCAUGGCACUCGGCUGUCUUGGGGCAAAGGCGUUUGAAGAGGGAGGGUACCACAACGAGGAUGUUGUGCCAGCGACAGGAAUCGUUCAAACUCUGAUGAACCAAGACGUGCCAGGGAAAGGGCUCUUCAACGAAUCACGGCGCCGCAUCGGACUCUGCUCUGGCGCAAAGGACAUUCAAGUCUCACAAUACUACCUGGCCGCGGCGUUGUUCUACGCUCAGUCAAUGCGCCCUGUCGACCAGUGGAUGAUGACGGAUCGUGCCAGUACCAACUGCCUGAUAUUCUGGACUCAACUUCAAAAUCGCUCAGAUGAAUGGACCAUCGAUAUGCAGUCCCGCGUCUUCUGGUCCGCUCUGCUCAUGGAGACCGUGGCUGGGCAGGAGUUGGACCUACCAAGAAGCCGUCUCCGAGAGCUCGAGGACGUGGUUCCGCUCCCCAGAUUCCUCGCCUACCCCAACGCGAAGAAGCUGCAACCUGUCCGAAAGGACGACUCAUACUACCAUUAUCACUUUCUGGCCCAGAUCGCUCACCGCAUCAUCCUCACUCGCAUCCGAGACGAAAUGUACCAUCUACAUCCUUCCACGAGGGUCGCAAAUGAAUUGCGACAUCAGCUGGACCAGUGGUACAGGAAUCUGCCCUCGGCCCUACAACUUGACGGUAAUCUGGACACCUUCAGCUGUCCGGCCGAAGCAGUGGCUAUGUCGUUGCUCCAAACUAGAUAUCGCUCAGCCCUUUACCACCUUGGACGACCUUUCCUGUACAAAGCGUUGAGCAACUCUUGCGCAAUGACCGACCAGGAGUUGAACUUUUGUUCCGAGGCCCUGCAAACGGCCUCGGACUGGCCAAUUGCGACUGGGUCAUGCAAACAGAUGGACAGCUUCUCGCCUCUGAAGUAUUUUGUGUGCCGGUCGUUCUUUGGCACUUUGCUAAUUGCGCACGCAUUGAAAAAAUCCCAUGAUGAAAGACUCAUUGCGACACUACCCCAGAACUCGGAUGCUCUGUGUUCUUACAUGCUUCAUUAUAUCGAAGGUCUUGCGCCACUGAGCCCAGCACUCCAGAAAGACCUGGAACUGCUCUUGAUGUUGUACGAGCCUCACGAUCAUUGA